AUGUUUGGCAUUGGAAGAAAAAAUUUCGGUUCAUCUAUGAUACCUGUUUAUCUACUUUCGUUUAUUCUUAUUACCAAUCAAUUUCUGUUCAUUCAUUCAUUUGUAAUUAUACAUAAUGAUCAAGAUCAGAAUCAACUUGAUAUUUUACGACAAGCUGUUAUUCAACGAUUGAUUGAUAAUACUUUAAUAAAUCUAGAGGAUUCAUCAGCUGAUGACGAUGAUUUACAAACAUUGAUUGAACCAACAGUACAACGUCGUUAUUGCUGUAUGAAUCCAUUGAGUGGCCGAAAACGAUUUGUACGAGAUUUAGCACGAAAACAACAAUUAUCGGAUAUAUUUAUUCAGUAA